AAACGAGCACGCGCACUUCCCUUUCCUUCCUCCUAACCCAACCUCCGCUCCGCUCACCCCACACACCCGUCUCCCCGCCUCGCCAUCGCCAACCAACCGCCGACGAGAUCACCGCCGCAAACCCCCACCCAGAUCCGCCUCCACCCGACGGCCCCAAGCUUCGCACCCGCACUCCCCAUGCGAUCGCGCUGAGCUCGAUCCCAGCUCGCGCGCCAUGGCCGACAGCGACCUCGAGCCGCUGCGCCCCGGCGCCGCGGCGCUGCCGUCCUCCUCCGACCCCGGAUCGCCCUACACGCCUCGAGGGAACCGCGUGCGCGAGCUGCUGCGGAAUCUUGACCGCCGCCUCUCCAGCCGGGGCCGCCACGGCCACGCGGACGGCGCCGCGGCGUCCCCUUCGGCCGGGGAGGCGGGCACGCCCAGGCGGGAGGAGGAGAGCGACGAGCUCGGGGACGGCGCGCCGCCCGAGUGGGCGCUGCUGCUCGUCGGGUGCCUCCUCGGCCUCGCUACCGGCAUCUGCGUCGCCGCGUUCAACCGCGGGGUGCAUGUCAUACAUGAAUGGGCAUGGGCUGGAACUCCCACCGAGGGCGCUGCUUGGCUUCGCCUUCAGAGGCUUGCUGACACUUGGCAUAGGAUAUUAUUAAUACCAGUGACUGGUGGAGUUGUUGUUGGUAUGAUGCAUGGAUUGCUGGAGAUAUUUGAACAGAUAAAGCAAUCAUUAUCAUCUCAAAGGGAAGGUAUUGAUUUCAUGGGUGCAAUCUUUCCAACAAUCAAGGCCAUCCAAGCUGCAAUUACUUUAGGGACAGGAUGUUCAUUGGGACCUGAAGGGCCAAGUGUUGAUAUUGGUAAAUCUUGUGCAAUUGGCUGUGCUGAAAUGAUGGAGAACAACAGGGAACGAAGGAUUGCUCUUAUUGCAGCAGGAUCAGCUGCUGGAAUUGCUUCAGGUUUCAAUGCUGCAGUUGCUGGAUGUUUUUUUGCUAUUGAAACAGUAUUGAGGCCCCUUCGAGCAGAGAACUCACCACCGUUUACCACUGCUAUGAUUAUCUUGGCAUCGGUUAUAUCAUCAACUGUGUCCAAUGUUUUGCUAGGGGAGAAGGCAGCUUUUAUUGUCCCGACGUAUGAAAUAAAAUCUGCUGCUGAGCUACCACUCUACCUUAUUCUAGGCAUGCUUUGUGGGGUAGUUAGUGUGGUAUUCAGGCAAUUGGUCGUUUGGUUUACAAAGACUUUUGACUUGAUAAGGAAAAAAUUUGGUCUCCCUGCUGUGGUAUGUCCAGCUUUAGGUGGUCUUGGAGCUGGUCUAAUAGCUCUAAGAUACCCUGGAAUACUAUACUGGGGUUUCACCAACGUUGAUGAGAUUUUACAUACGGGAAAAAGUGCUUCAGCCCCUGGGAUUUGGUUGUUAGCUCAGUUGGCUGCUGCAAAAGUUGUUGCGACUGCACUUUGCAAGGGUUCUGGUCUUGUUGGUGGCCUUUAUGCCCCAAGCUUGAUGAUUGGUGCUGCUGUUGGUGCUGUUUUUGGAGGCUCAGCGGCACAAUUGAUAAACUCUAUUAUUCCGGGUAACACUGCGGUUGCACACCCUCAAGCUUACGCGCUGGUUGGAAUGGCUGCUACACUAGCCUCCGUUUGUUCGGUUCCAUUGACAUCUGUACUGCUACUCUUUGAACUGACAAAAGAUUACAGAAUUCUACUUCCUCUGAUGGGAGCUGUCGGAUUAGCAAUAUGGGUCCCAUCUGUUUUAAGUCACUCCAGCAACAAAGAGAUAUUUGAGGCUACAUCUCCUCGGCAUGGUUAUUCUACACUAUUACCUCCUGCUGAUAGGAAUGAGACAGAUGGAAGACGACAAGAUGUAGAUGAUGUCGAACUUGCAAUUCUUGAAGAUGAUUACUAUGGUAGUAACAGUGAAGAAAUGCUUCUCGAUGAGCUGAAGGUAUCACGAGCAAUGACGAAGCAUUUUAUUAAGGUUACACCUACAGUCACCAUUAAGGAGGCAACAUUGCUUAUGCAUGAUAAGCAGCAAGGUUGUGUUCUCGUUUUAGACAAUGAAGAUUUUCUUGAAGGAAUUGUUACAGUUGGUGACAUUCGUCGUAAAGGAUUUGAAUCAAGUGAAGAUGCUAACAGUACUGGGGGAAAUUCACCUGUUUUGGAUGUAAAUUCUUCUCUUGUUACAUCAUGUCUCACACGAGGGUUUCAGUACCACGGCAAUGAAAGAGGGCUGGUGACCUGCUUUCCGGAUACAGAUCUGAGCACAGCUAAGGUGCUCAUGGAAGUCAAAGGUAUCAAGCAACUUCCAGUGGUCAAACGGGGGGCUGGUCGUAGGAAUGAUGGCAGGCGUAAGGUCCUCGGUCUUCUUCAUUACGAGUCAAUAGGACGGUGCUUGAGGGAGGAGCUUGAGCGGUGGAAGGCACUAUACAGAGAGAAUUUCCAGCAGCCAGCAGCUAAUUGACACUGAGCAGGGGGCACUGGACAUGCAGAGCUCAAGUUUUGGCUGUACUUAGUGACGAAAAUACCAAAUACAUUAAGUGGCAUUUCAGCAGAACUAGUGACUUAGCGUUGUUAACUUGAACACCUCACUUAAAUUGAGUCCCCUCGUCAAAUGUAAAGUCGUCCUUGGGUUUGCCAGGAUACACAUUUUGUAUCAAUUACAGAUAUUAUAAGACAUGAUGAUUCUGGGUUCAUGAUCA